AUGAACGACCACGGCACCCUCUUGGCCGUCGUCUUGGACCUUUCUCCGGCACAAUGGCACCGCGCCGCCAACGAUCCCCAACCUAUUACCCUCAAUGCUUUCCUCGCUCAGCUCCUUGCCUUCCUCAAUGCCCACAUCGCAUGCAUGCAUGAAAAUACCCUCGCCGUCUUCGGCGCCUUUCCUGGCAAAAGUGUCAUGCUGUACGCCUCAACUGACCAGCACCAAACGGCCUCCAUCUCCGUCGAUGCCAACUCGUAUCCGCCGUUCAAGCUGCUCGAUAACACCGUUGUCACAAGUAUAGCCGCCGAGCUCGACGCUUUGGACGACUCUCACGAUGAAGAAGAAGUGCCCUGUGCCCUCGUCGGCGCGCUCACCAAAGCUCUAUGCUCCACGACACCACUGCCAAAUGGAUCCCAGGGCGUCCCUCCACAGCUGGACCCAAGAAUCCUGAUUCUUUCGGUCUCUCCCGACUUAUCGACGUCCUACAUACCCAUUAUGAAUGCUAUCUUCUCGGCCCAGAAGCUUAAAGUGACCAUCGAUGCCUGCCAAAUCUAUGGCGGCGAAACUGUUUUCCUCCAGCAAGCGGCGCACUUAACGGGCGGAUCCUAUCUUCUUCUCGAACGCCGUGAUGCUUUGUUGCAAUACCUUACAUCUUCUGCAAGCCGAGUCCUGUUUGUAGCACCUGCAGGACAAAAUUCCCCAUCAAAACUCUACAACGUCUCAAUGCCCUUCGGGGACCAAUGGCGGUCGAUUCCCCGCGGCCUUCGCCAGCACCUGGUCCAUCAAACGCACCUACUCCAACGGCCUCGGGUACUCCGUCCCAUCAUCGAACACCAUCGCUAG